UAUCCCGGUCCUGUCGUUCGUCCUCAGUGUAGGAUAACGAAGCAGUAGCGUAAUAUAUUUACACUGAAACAGCGUUAAGAGCUUGCUUGCCAAGUUAUAUUUUAAUUUAUUUCUUUAUUCAUUCGUGAGAGGGUGAACCGAAACACACCGAGCGAGGCUUUGACAAUCACUGUAAGGAUGGAGACUUUAAUUCGCCGCUGCCCGUUCCUGUCCCGCGUGCCCCAGACCUUCCUCCAGCAGGCCCGGAAAUCCCUGGUGGUCUAUGCCCAGAGAUGUCCUGUGAUGAUGAACCUGGCCUCCAAGCCUGUGGCCCGCUCUCUCUGCUCCUCCUCAGCUAGCUUCCAGAAGGCUGAGGACACCGUGACUUCAGCCCAGACACCAGGAGCCAAUGGGGGCACUACCACCAAGUUGCCUCAGAGCCACCCCAUGCCCCUCUCUGGCCAGGUCUCGGGGGCCUCCAAGUGCCCCUUCCUGGCGGCCGAGAUGGGCCAGAACAGCGGUGUGGUGCGCCAGGCCAGCCUCCAGCUGCAGGAGGACGUGCAGGAGGUCCGCACCGUCCAGAGAGAUGUGACCCAGGUCCUGGCCAGCUCUUCUGGUGCGGUCAACACCUCCAAUCUGAUGAAGAAGUUGCUGAAGCAACGUCCAACCAGGAUGUCCCAACUGCUGCAGGAGAACAUGCCCAGCUUCUCUAACUUCCGCUACGAUGAGUUCUUCGAGAGGAAGAUUGAGGAGAAGAAGAGUGAUCACACGUACCGCGUCUUUAAGACGGUUAACCGGCGAGCCACGGACUUCCCCAUGGGUGACGACUACACCGAUUCCCUUAGCGACAGGAGAGACGUGUCUGUGUGGUGCUCCAAUGACUACCUGGGCAUGAGCAGACACCCGCGGGUCGUCAACUCCAUCACGGAGACGUUGCAUAAGCAUGGCAGUGGGGCUGGAGGAACCAGGAACAUCUCUGGGACCAGUAAGUUCCACGUGGAGCUGGAACAGGAACUAGCAGACCUCCACAGGAAGGACGCUGCGCUUCUCUUCACUUCCUGCUUCGUAGCCAAUGACUCCACCUUGUUCACCCUGGCCAAGAUGAUGCCAGGCUGUGAGAUCUACUCUGAUGCAGGGAAUCACGCCUCCAUGAUCCAGGGCAUCCGGAACAGUGGCGCCAAGAAGUUCAUCUUCCGUCACAAUGACCCCGACCACUUGAGAGAGCUGCUGCUGAAAUCGGACCCCUCCUCUCCAAAGAUCGUGGCCUUCGAGACGGUCCACUCCAUGGAUGGUGAGUGACGUUCUUGUAAUGUG